GGAAGGCCCCUGCAGAUGGGACUGUGCCUCUGCUCCUGGUCCACCCCAGCCUAUCCUUCCGGAUGCCAUGCUUUGGGUUAUCAAGUGACAUCACAUCCUCUAAUCUCCACCGGGCAAGACAGAGAAGCUUCCCCACCCUUCACCCAGCCGGGGCCCCCCUCCUCUGACUUGGAGCUGCCCAGCUUUCUGGCUCGCGUGAGACUGCUCGCUGGCCCUGUGGCCCGGCGGGAAGUAACAAGGGAACUAGGGAUGGGCUCCCUCUUCGCUGUACGGUCCCUGUUGCUGCCGCUGGCCCUUCUGCUCCAACCCGUCGGGUCCCAGGCGCAGCUGAGAUUCCGGAUGAAUCCCCUGGAAAAGCGGAGCGUCCGGCUCUCCGAGAAGGUGCAGCUGCAGUGCGAGACGCUGAGCACUUCGUACACAGGGUGCUCGUGGCUCCGCCUGGCCCCCGAAGCCCGGGUCCCCACCUUUCUGCUCUUCAUCUCGGGCAGCACCCCAAGCGUGAAGCUGGCCGACGGCCUGGACCCCAAACGAUUCCAGGGUGAAAGGACGUCGCCGUCCACGUACCGCCUGACCCUGAAUAACUUCGGAGACGAAGACCAGGGCUACUACUACUGCGUGGUCACCCGCAACUCGGUGAUGUUCUUCAGCCCCUUCGUGCCUGUUUUAUUGCCAGUAAAGGCUACCACCACCCCUCCACCCAAGCCCAAGACCACCACUCUCCUGGCCACCACCCAAUCUUCCAACCAGGUUCCAGCAGGUUCUGAGAACUGCAAGACCAUCUCCCGCUUUCAAGAAAAGAAGGGAUUGGAUUUCUCCUGUGACCUGUACAUCUGGAUGCCCCUGGCUGGUGUCUGUGCUGUCCUGCUUCUGACCCUCGUCACUACCAUUAUCAUCUGCCAGAGGUCACGAAAGCGAGUCUGCAGGUGUCCCAGGCCUCUGAUCAGACCAGGACAAAAGUCUGGCCCAUCAGAGAGAUAUGUUUAACCCAGCUGAUGGACAUGUAGCAGCAACAAAUACGGUGAUGUCUACUACAAGACUGCUAACUGAGAUAUUUCCCUGUAUAAAUUAGCAACCCUUUCCCUCUUCUA